CCCCUCACGGCUGGGACGCUCCGAACUCCCAGCAGGAGUCGGCUUUCGGGAGCCUGGUCCCUCCCUUCCCCUUCCCUGCCCCUUCCCCCACCCCCGACGCGGGCUCCUCGCGGCGGCCGGAGGAACCCCGAGCAGCCAGCCCAGGCCCCCGAGCUGGAGGGAUGGAGAACUCCUCAGCAGCAUCGGCCUCCUCCGAGGCAGGAAGCAGUCGCUCCCAGGAGAUCGAGGAACUGGAGCGCUUCAUUGACAGCUAUGUGCUGGAGUACCAGGUGCAGGGGCUGCUGACGGACAAGCCGGAAGGUGAUGUCGAGAGCCAGAGGACACAGCCCCACAUCUCCCAGUGGACUGCUGACUGCAGAGAACAGCUGGAUGGCAGCUGCUCCUUCUCCAGAGGGCGAGCCCCGCCACAGCAGAACGGCAACAAAGACAACUCUCUAGACGUGCUGGGCACAGAUAUCUGGGCCGCCAACACCUUUGACUCCUUCAGCGGUGCCACCUGGGACCUGCAGCCCGAAAAGCUGGAUUUCACCCAGUUCCACCGGAAGGUCCGCCACACGCCCAAGCAGUCCCUGCCACACAUCGACAGAGAGGGGUGUGGAAAAGGGAAGCUGGAAGACGGGGAUGGCAUCAACCUGAAUGACAUAGAGAAGGUCCUCCCAACCUGGCAGGGCUACCACCAGAUGCCCCAGGAAGUGGAGAUCGCACACACCAAGAAGCUGUUCCGGAGGAGGAGAAACGACCGAAGACGGCAGCAGAGACCUCCAGGAGGGAAUAAGCCCCAACAGCAUGGUGACCAUCAGCCCGGCAGUGCCAAACACAACAGGGACCACCAGAAAUCCUACCAGUGGGGCUCAGGGCCCCACCCCUCAGGGAGGCCCACACACCAUGGCUACAGCCAGAACAGACGCUGGCACCAUGGCAACAUGAAACACCCACCAGGAGACAAGGGAGAAGCAAGCAGCCACCGUAACGCCAAAGAGACCGCGACUGUUGAGAACCCCAAACUUGAAGAUAGCCCAGGGGACACCGGACACAGUGGCCUUGAGCCCACCUGCAGCCCUGACACUCCGGCUCCAGCAGCUUCUGAGAGGCCCGCCCCACAGCCGCCAGGGGGGCCAGAGGCUGAGACCAAGCAUAAAGACAGUGUUCUCCCCGAGCGCCUCGGGGAGCGACCCAAAAUCACCCUGCUCCAGUCUUCCAAAGACAGGCUGAGGCGAAGGCUGAAAGAAAAGGUACCGGAUGAAGUAACAAUAGAGACAAGCAGUCCUCAGCCAAACAAGAUGGACAAGUUGAUGGAGAUCCUGAACAGCAUGAGGAACAAUAGCAGCGACGUGGACACCAAGCUCACCUCCUUCAUGGAGGAGGCCCAGAACUCCACCAACUCCGAGGAGAUGCUGGGAGAGAUCGUGCGGACCAUCUACCAGAAGGCCGUGUCAGACCGCAGCUUUGCCUUCACAGCCGCCAAGCUCUGCGACAAGAUGGCACUCUUCAUGGUGGAGGGGACCAAGUUCCGGAGCUUACUCCUCAACAUGCUCCAGAAGGACUUCACCGUUCGCGAGGAGCUGCAGCAACUGGAUGUGGAGCGCUGGCUGGGUUUCAUCACCUUCCUGUGUGAGGUGUUCGGCACCAUGCGGAGCAACACGGGCGAGCCCUUCCGAGUGCUGGUGUGCCCCAUCUACACGUGCCUCAGGGAGCUCCUGCAGUCUCAAGACGUGAAGGAAGACGCUGUCCUCUGCUGCUCCAUGGAGCUACAAAGCACAGGCCGGCUUCUGGAGGAGCAGCUUCCAGAGAUGAUGACGGAGCUCCUAGCCAGCGCUCGAGAUAAGAUGCUAUGCCCCUCAGAGUCCAUGCUAACCCGGUCCCUGCUGCUGGAGGUCAUCGAGCUCCAUGCCAACAGCUGGAACCCUCUGACGCCCCCCAUCACACAGUACUACAACAGGACCAUCCAGAAACUGACAGCCUGACAGCCAGAGGGGCCUGGCAGGCAGCCGGUGGGCAGCUGGGGCCCUGGUGCACAGGGCCAGAUGGACAGGGGAAAGGACAGGGGUGGCCCUGGCGGGAAAAAGAAAUGGGCAAGGAGGCAGGCAGCAACAGUGGCCAGCCUGGAACCAGCCAAGGAGGGGGUCGCAUCCCUCAGAAGAGCUCCCCGUGCAGCUCCCCAGCC